CAGUCACUGCCAGCCAUAUCAUAGCACUGACAAAAUAACACAUUUUAAGCUUUUUUUUAAGUACAACAGAAGAUUUGACGAUAUUUGUAUUUUAAUCAUAUAGCGUGACGUUUUACUACAAGGAGAUACAAUGCAUUUUACAUUACAAAAGCGAAAUAAGACGUGGAUGCCAGCUAUCAACUUGAGCAUCGUGGGAUUGGUGGUUUAUAUUGUGGCCUGCCCUGUGUCCAGUAUGGAUGUCCUGGUCCAUAACGAGAUCAACGUCCUGAACGGCACCAUGGUGAGGAUCCAGUGCAUCUUCACUUCCUGCUACAAGAUGGACGUCAACAAGUUUGCCAUGAACUGGACAUACCAGGAGAACACCAACGAGACUGAGGAGAUGUUCAUGACCUAUAAGAAGGGAAUGAUGCCCCUGCGGACAGACCGGUUCAGUGACCGAGUGCAGUUUGUGGGUAACCUGGAAAAGAACGACUUGUCCAUCACCCUCUCUGAUGUCCAGCUGUCGGACGAGGGCGUCUACAACUGCUACGUCCGUAACCCCCCCGACCGCAUCCAGGGCCACGGAAUCAUCAACAUGUUUGUCGUCACAGAAUUGCCUCCCCCGCGGGACUCGACCAUAGCGGUUGCGAUCGGGGCGUCAGUCGGCGGUGCGCUGGCUCUGCUCAUCCUGUCCAUGGUGGUGGUGAAGUGUAUACGGCGUCACAAGAAACAGGAGCUCAUCUCUGACGAGCAGAAGAUGGAGGAAGAGGGCAAGCUGGAUGCAGAGGGGGGCCCCGAGGAGGGAACCAAGCAGCUAUAACCGGCCUGCAUGGUCCUGGAGGCCCAAGGUUCGCUGGAGCCCAACCUCCUCCCUCACGCUGGAAAGCAUUCCUGCCUGAAGAUGUAUAGUGACCCUUGCUUGAAUCCUCGUCCAGCAUCUGCCUCAGCCCACGCCGCCUCCCUUCCUUCCUCUUGUCCAUCCAAACAAUAUUGCAGUUAUGGGAAGCCCCAGCCACCAGCCACGCCACCCACGCCACCCCUGCCUCUAUCUUCAGUCAGUCUUAUCUCCUCUCUUCUUCGACGGGGGGCCACAAAAGGUGUAGGAGACUAGUAGACGGUAGUCUCCAAACGACAUUCCUCUUUCCCCUUUUUCUCGCUUGUGGUUUUUCUUAAGAUAGAGAUGUAAGACCUUAAUUUGAUCCCCCUGUAGCGGCAUAACUUUCCUACAAUGCAGUAUGUUUAAAAUGUGUAUUGUAUUGGAGGUUUUAAAAGGCUUCUGAGGUUUUCCCUAAUGGAAAAUGCAUCAACUCUUAGAAAAAGAUCAAUUCAUUCUAAUCCACAUAAUCAUUCACAUUUCCUGUUGCUGCAGGACUAUUUUCCUGCUGUAGAAAACUGGCUCAAAUUAAGAUCCUACAUCCGUAGAGUAAAUGGAUGGUUUGACAUCUGUGAUUACUGGGAAAGAUCCUGCUCUCUCUCUCUCUCUCUCUCUCUCUCUCUCUCUCUCUCUCUCUCUCUCUCUCUCUCUCUCGCUGUCUCUGUUUCGCUCUCUUAAAUUGUUGUCUUCUAACUUGCCACACCAUUGGAUAACAAAUGAUUUACUUCCAAAUCAUAUAAUUCUCUCUCGCUCUCGCUUGCUCUCGCUCGCUCACUCUCUCUCGCUAUAAUUUUCUUGCUCUAUCACAUUACUUAGUGAUGCAUAAUGGCUGGUGCAAAAAAGUUCCCUUUUUUUCUGACAGCUCGUGUGUGUGUGUCCAAAUUCUACCUUUCUGUGUGAUAAUGGUGUGGGUGGAUUUUUGGCUGUGUGUGUUAGUUUUUAUGUACAGGGUAUAAGCUGAAUGACCUUCAGAUGUAACUACGAGCAGUGUGGGUGUAUACACGUGUGUGUGUGCGUGUGUGUGUGCGUGUGCGUGUGCGUGUGCGUGUGUGUGUGCGUGUGUGUGUGUGUGUGUGUUUGAGAAUGUGUUUUAGUGUCCUUAGUGUCCGAGUGUCUUUCCUUCAAACUCAGAGUCUCCCUUGAUGGAGAAGCCAGGCAUGAUUUUAUCAGUCGUCAACUCUUCUGAACCCUUGCUUCAAUAUGAUAUUUUAGCCUGUGUUGCUUGCUCAUACAUCGAAACAACACACAUUUGUAUCGUUAUGAAAGAAGCUAGUACAAUAUCAUACAUAAGCAUGACAUUUUCUUUGCACACAUUAAGACAGGCACAAUUCUGUCUACAGUGGAUGGAUCGUUAAUGGUCUGACACUAUAUACUAACUGACAUUGUACAAAAUCCCCAAAUCCCCAAAUGAUGUCCCCCUUUUGUCCACGUGCAGUAACCCUUACACAACACCUGAAUGUCCGGCCCUAGUUGGUCGUUGACACUCAAAUGAGCACACAGACACAUUGACUAUACGUGAUCCAACACAUGAGCUUCAAACACCACAUACAGCCGUGUAGCUGUUUUGCACACCAGAAGUCCACACGCCGAGGCCUACACAUACAUACAAGCUGAGCACUUUCAGGGAAAACAGAAAAAAAGUACAAUAUAGAAAAAUGUAUAUCGGAUACAUAUAUUUAUACGUUUUGACCAAAUACCAAGCUGUACUCUAGAGGUGUGCUUUGAUUGUUGUCGCUAUUUACGUGUGGUCCUCACUGUCUUAAACUAUCAAUGUUGGAAUGUAUGAGGCCUCUCUCCUCUGAGGUAAUUGAUCUGGAAUGUUCUUUGGAUGUUACAUAUUUAGCUAUAUUAGUAUUGCACUGGUUGUGAAUGUAUUUGGGAGACAAGGCGAGAUGUCCAAGUUGACGUAGCAACUACUUCAUGAAAUGAAUAUACAAUCAAUCAUUCCACUUCUCGCCCAUUGAAUUUCAAACCACCUUCACAGAUGUGGGGCUUACGUUACAUUAUCACACAAGUAUUGUAAUGUAUGUAAGUCUGUGAAGGAUCACACAAAGUAUAAACUGUGGAUUUGCUAAACAAUAUCACAACCUUAAAAUAGUAACAUUUAUUUAUUUUAGUGAAAAUUUGUCAAAUGUUACCUUCAUUUGCUCCUUGUGUUUAAACGUCUUGGCUUUGUAUUUUCCAACAGACAGUGUUGGGGGAGCAGAUAGCCUAUGGGAGUGUGACUUUAGGUUGGCAGAAUAUGACUGGGUGCCUCUGGUGUUGUCUGAUGUGGUUUUAAGGCCUAAAGCCGGGAGCCACGCUGAUUCUGUGCCCAGGAGUGCCCUACCUCAUCUGGAGACAGUCUCGCCCUGUCUCUGCAAUGGGCACUGCAUUCAUAGUCUGCCUUUACGUUAUUCACUGCUAAAGCUUCUUUCUUGCACACUUUGUUUCUUAUUAUUUGUCUCCUCAGAUCCGUCCUAGUUUAGAUUUCAUUUGAUUGAGUAUUGUAUUUUGACAUUGUUGAAUUUUGUACCACGCAGUUAUGUAAUUUGUACUUUAUGAUGUGACUUUGUGGUUGUCCUAGCUGUUGACAUUGUGGUAGCCAUCAUUACUUGGUCUUUGGUAAGUUGGCCUAAGUUUGGGGAGCUCACGUCUGAAAGAUCAUUAAUUUAACAGUGGAAGGUCAAUGCUGAUCUCCACUUGUAGGGUUUACACGCUCCCUUUCUAGAAUGACUUCAUUACUAAUUACUAUAUGAAUUAAUUCAACUUCUGUGCAAUUGUGACUGUGGUGUUAAUCAGUUUGUAUGGAGUCUGAGACAUCAGCUAGAUGCAUGGUUAGAAGUCUGGGAAGCGUGUUGUCCUAACCAGAGAAUAUAUCUCUAGGUCACAAUCAGACUUAAUUUCCAAAGUAAUGAUGGUACCUCAAGAAUUAAACCCCCAAAAAUUAUAAUUUAGAUUGUAUAAAAUACAGUACACGAACACACACACACAGUGCUACCGAUGGGUAGGGGACAAAGCACAUGAUCCGAAAAAAAUAAAUAAAUUGUGUAGCCUAAUGAAAUCAACAUGACCUCCAUUUCUCCUGUCACUCACUCUGACAUCUCCGCUGGAGUCCUGUUUGCUGGGUAGCUAGCUGGGCUAUAGUGGAGGUCCCGGAGUUUUCCCUGUCUGUCUCUGUGUGAUCAUGCAUGUUUUUACUGCAGUGUUCCUCUGUGACGCAUGGCUCUAACCAGGCCCUCUCGCACCGGACACCCAAAAUGCUUGCACUGCACUGUGUCUCUAAGAAUGAGCUGUAAUCAAUAUUGUAUUUUGAAAUAAAAACGAGUACAUAAAUA